UGUCCAAACAGUAUGGCUUUCGUGAAUGUGGCCAGCUUUCGUGAGCGCAACUUCGUUACCUCACUGGGCUCGGUUCAUGUCAGGGUUGGUCUCAUGGCCGACCUGAACUGUCGGGACAUGAACAGUGUGCUACCGAUGCUUUCCGAACGAGGUUAUUUCAAUGGGGAGCGCUACCGUUGGUUUCUGUACGGUUUGCGUGCCCUGGAGGAGAACAGGAAGUUCUUUCAGCGGCUCAAUAUUACGAUUGCUACCAAUGCACUGCUGUUUCUUCCGGGUGGCGCGGACUGGGCGAUUCUUGACGUUGGUGGACAGUGGAGGACGAACGGUUGGUAUGUAAGCUUUCUGCAGAUUGGCAGCUGGAGCGCGAGCACCGGUUUGAUGGUGUGGAACAACAGAAGCUCGUACGAAAGACGGUUGAUCCUUUCUGGGAUGCAACUGUCGGGCAUCAGUAAGAUCCGAGCAUCGCAAAACAGCUCGCUGGAUGGUGGAAUGCAGGAUAACCGUGCCUACGGACUGCGUCUCUGGAAUGUUUUAUCCAAACGGCACAAUAUCGGCCUUGCGUUCAAUCUGACCAUGGAAGAUGAUGAUCAAUUGGCAGACUUCAUCCUCGAGCCGGUUGAGAUAAAACAAACCCACAUCCACAAGCUUGACUACACGGCAGCAGUUCAGGAUACUCAAACGAUUCUUCUGUUUCUACACCCCAACGUUGACCGUUUGAAAAACUCAUUUCUGCGUCCCUUUCGACCCUCAACACGGCUGGCAGUUGGUGUUCUGUUUAUUGUGUUUACCCUGCUCAUGUAUAAGGCGCUAAGGUUCGAGCAGCACCUGAACCUACAGCAAGACAGAGAAAAUGGCUUUUUGGUGCUUGUGCUGGGGAUACUUUGUCAGCAAGGGUUCAUCGAGAAUAGCAGAACGUACGCCAGUCGAAUGACACUGUUCUGCAUGUUGAUCUUCAGUAUGCUAGUUUAUCAGUUCUAUCUGACGUACAUCGUUAGUCUGCUGCUGGUGGUGCCACCGAAAAACAUUCAGACGCUCAAGCAAUUGGUACAGUACGAGUUUGGCGUGGCGUUGGAAAAUGCACCCGAAACGGUGGAGUUCUUAAAUAGCACGGAGGACGAAUUUUUCUUGACGCUGGUCCAAACGCAGCUAGCUAGAACUGGUAACGUGUACUACGAUGUUGAGGAAGGAUUUUCGCUCAUGGAACAAGGCAGAAGUGCUUUCGUUUGUGAUGCUUAUCGUGCCUAUCAGCUGAUACGAUACCAUUUCACCGAUGAGCAACGCUGCGCCCUGCAGGAAAUUCCACUGACGGGUAAGAAACCGAAACACCUGGCACUGGUGAAAGAUCACCCGUUGGAGGAACAAUUUCGCGUCACGGUACAGAAGAUCAUCGGCACGAGUAUCGUACAGUAUGAGCGGAGCCUUUGCUACGCCGACAAGCCAAGGUGUGCCGAGAAUGAGGUUAAAAUGCCAGAGGUUAACCUAGAUCAGGUGUCCUCGGUGCUGACGCUGUUGAUUAGUACGAUUGUCGGAAGUGUCGCUAUUCUGCUGUUGGAAAUCACUGUCAGCAAGGUUUUGCCUGGGCGACACUGAGCUGCCUAUCAUAAAGGCCGCUGGAAAGUUAAACAUUUCCACCGAAAAACCAUCAAUCAAUUUCUCUGGCAAAAUUUGUUAGUUUAAGAGGUAAAACUGUGCCUUUCAAAUGUAGACUUUGUAGAGGACUUUGGAUGAGUAGAGGUCGCUGAAACUAUUAUUUGCUUAACGCUUUGUGGCGUGUGUAAUUUUUGCAGCAACACAACACACGGUUUAGUCGAUGAAAGCUGUAAAAGUACACCCAUCGGCGGAAGGUCGUAAAUAAGCGGCAAAAGCUAAACGGUACUCACCUGAUCCAAAGUCACCCAUCGUGACAAUGCGCUAUGUACUACU